GCGGCCUUGGAGAAGAAGAAUGCCCGCCUGGAGCAGGAAGCCCUAAAGCGGCAGGCUGAAGAAGAGGUCUACGCUCUCCAGCUCCAGAAGGAGCGCUGUUUCAAAGCCAGAGGGGACUUGAUGAAGGAAAUAGAUUUGGCUCACGAGCAAGAGGCCCUAGUCUACUUGCAGGAGAUACGAGCAGAUCCAGACAUGCUGGUCUUUCGCGACCGCUACGGCUCCACCCUGCUACAUGAGGCCUGCUCGCGGGGCAUGAAGCAGCUGGCGCUUGCCGUGCUCCAU